CGAAAAUAUGAAACGUCAACAGACACAUUGCUCAUAUUACUCAAUGUAUUACCUGACGUGGUAAAAACAUUCCAUUUAACAAUUUAACACCGAUCACUGGUUUUAAGUGAACAACCUAGACAAUAAACAAUUUACGGGAUCAAUAUAUUAUUGCCGGCACAGUCUGUUUUGCGGAACAACUUUGCGGUUAAUUUUUCGUUGCAUAAAUUAGUGUAAAAAGUGAAAGUUUUGUAAGUCACAGUCAUGAAGGAUUUUUUUAUCUUUGGAAUAGUGCUGCAGCUUACAGCUGUGACUCUUGCCCAGAGAGUAGCGCCGGGAGUUAACCCUCAACAUUACCAGCAGCAGCCACCGCAAGCUAAUCCUCAAUAUCAGCAACAGCAACAGUAUCAACAACCUCCACAACAUCAACAGCAACCACCACAACAUCAACAACAACAACAGCAGCAGCAGCAACAACAAGGAUACCAACCCCAACAAGCUCCGGUACAGCAUCAACAACAGCAGCAACAACAACAGGUACAUCAUCAGCAACAGCAAGGACAAGCCCAUGGACACGGACAUGGUCACGGUCACGGAGCUCCUGUACUUUCAGGAAAUGUUCAGGAAGAAAAAGAACAUAUUCAAGAGCAUAUGGAAGUGCCAAUGGAUACCAGCAAAAUGUCGGAGCAAGAGUUACAAUUCCACUAUUUUAAGAUGCACGACGCCGAUAACAACAAUAAGUUGGAUGGAUGCGAAUUGAUCAAAUCGUUGAUACAUUGGCACGAGCAAGGUAGCAAAGAGCAACAUAAUACACAGCAACCGAAUGUGGAGGAGAAAGUAUUCACCGACGAUGAACUGGUGAGCUUGAUCGAUCCCAUACUGUCGAUGGACGAUUCAACGCAGGACGGAUUCAUUGAUUAUCCGGAAUUUGUGAGGGCACAGGAAAAAUCACAAGCGAAUCAACGACAGGAACAGAGGCAACAGCAUUAACUUUGGCACAGUGAGGAGAUUUCUAUUCAAAGGAAAAAGAAGAACAAAAAAUAUAUCAAAAAGCGAGAGAUUCCCGAGUGGAAAGACUGAAAAAUAAUGUUUACUCUUUGUUGUAAAGACAUCAUACGUGCACGCAAAUGAUUUUCAUUUUGUUGAUGGUUCGUCUGAAUGGUGAAGGAAUUUUAAGUUUCUAAAAAUCAUUUUGUUGAAUGUUUAGUGAUUUUAAGUUUUGUACCAAUCUGAUUUUACCAAACGCAAUUCUUGUUUUAGAUCAAAUUUACAAACAUUUUUGCCUAAUUUAUCCAUUAAUCGAACAAAUUUCUGUUUUUUUUUUUGUAUUUAAUCAAAUAUUUAAUUUAAUCUCAGUAACGUUGUCGUGAACAAAUUAUCUCGACGAUGCGCUGCGUAUCGUAACAGAUUAAAGCACUUGACUUGAAAACGAUUCUGUUUCUGGACAGUGGACAAAUGAAAAUUAAUUUCUCUUACUGUCGAUUAGUUUUCCGCGUACAUAUUAUAAUCAAUUGUUGAUCGAUUGUUUUCCUUAUUCGCUUAGGUUUUUAAACAUUCCAACAAAUGAUUCUUGUAUACAGUUCUCGUGCAGCUGAUCUCCUAUGAUGCAUAAAUAACGGUCUGCAUGUUUACUACACAAUUGUUCUGAAGAUAUCCCUCGUCUGGGGGUAACAUUCGUCUCAUUUCGGCAUAGCCACUGGUCUCCUGAACACCACUUAUUUCGAUCCAUAUUCAAGACACUACUGAGUCAGUAGUUCUGACUCUGUGCAAAUUAGAUAUUAAUGUUAAUUAUACGUUAGCUCACACACAUAGUUGAAAUUCGAACCAAUUUAGUUGUCAACCAAUUUAUAGAACUCUCAAGUGUUAAUCCAUGUUAAUGGUUCACUUUUCUACAUGCAACCUUUAUGCUCGGUCAAUGAAAAAUCAACAUUAUCGUCCGCUUUAGAGAUCGCCGGAUCGGUGGUUAUUUGCGGCCCUGAUGGCGUCCAUCAUUAAAUUUAAACCUUUACCUCUUUCUAAAUAUAAAAAAGAAAACGACAUCGAGAAAACGCGUAUACUCGCUUGACGCAUCUCGAAAUGGUUUUCAACGUUUGCGAAAUCUAUACGCGGCAUUUCUUCGAAAUGUUGAACCCAUGGCUAAUGGAGACCAUGACUAUUUCCUAAAUUUUGUCAAUUUAAUUUUAGAAGUCUAUGAAAAAUUGCAUUUAUUAUCAGUGGAGAUGUUCCGACGUUAUAUCGAUCUGUUUUGUAGUUAGUAACAAAUUUCCAUUUUAUCCAUUUAUCGAAAACGGAAAGAAUCAUAAAAUCACGCGGAUUAUCAAUUAGUUAUUUUCCUAACGCAUGCUGAAAGGUUUUUUUAGCGAAUGAGUGAGCUCUGGAAUCGAAUUUUCUAAAAAAAAUCCCUUUGGCAACAAAUUUUCCUAAACGACGUUGGAAAUACGCGACAAAGUUGCGAUAUUUCAACACUGGUGAUGAAAAGUAUUUUACUUUACGAGGGAUGUAAAUUGGCCUUUUCUUCCCUAGGGCACUCGUGAAGUAAAGCUAUAAACUACACUCGGGAAAUAAAUUGACAUUUCCUAUGAUGGUGAGUAAACGUAUCUCGGGCUGACGCCCUCGGCCACUUUUACUCAUCUGGAUACGAACGAAAUAUCAAAUUACUUCCCUAGCAUAGUAAUGUACUAUUACUUGAAUAAAAUGUUUAUGUCCAUUUGGACUCAUUUUUUAAGAACCAAAAAAUAACUGGAAUCUCAAAAUUGUACUUUCUGCACCGAUAUAGAAACAGUCAAUUUUUUCAUCAGUGAAAAGGUCAGCUUUCUUAUCGAGGUGAAACAGCUCUGCAAUGCACAACUAUAAUAGACACUAACGAAUUUUAAGGUUUUCAUUCAAUAAAUUUAUCAAAAUUGCAUUUAAUCGAUUGUAUUGGCUGCAUUUUCCCCAAAUAAAAAAUCGUUGCAAAGUUCUUGUCGUAGUACAGUUGUGCGUUGCCGAAACAAAAGAAAAAUGGUUUCAGUGAUCUGAUAUGUUAUCGAUUUCGUGUGUACAAUUCGUUAUAUAUUAUUUUUGACUGUGCAGCUCGGCAUGUAAUGUAAAUAAACUGUGCUUCAAAAUGUAAAUAAAUAAAACAAUUUUUUUUAAAGAAAAUAAAUAUUUAAUGUUUCAAAGUAAA